AGGACGAGUCAUUCACAGUAUGCCUGACAGUUACCUUUGUGGUAGAUUGUAACAUUGAGCACACAGUUUUAUUUCUAUUUUGCAGUAUGUGGCAUGUGAAAAAAAAUAGGAGGUGAUAUUAGGGGGAAUUCCUUCUCACCUGAUGCUCCUCUGUGUUUUUCAGUCCCAGGAGCACAGGAGUUUGGUAGCAUAUUUGUGUUAGAAAAACUUUCUUCAUGUGCUGGACAGAUGUUUUGCCUGUCUGUUUCGUACCACUGAGGAGAGUCAGAGAAUGAACCAGAAGGGGAGAUAGUUAAAGGGAGGGGUGGAUGAGUGGCAGGAAAAAAAAAAAGUAUGAGAAGCGGGCAGUUGGGGAGGUGAAGGAAGAAAGGGGGGUUUCUCAGACUCCAUAGAACCUUUGAGUGUGUGCACGCCCGUGAGAGAAAAAGAGAGAGACAGAGAUUGUGGAUGGAGUGCUAACAAAGGAGUGAUCAAUCACGAUUCUGUCUCAGCAGGAGCACACGCACGCGCCGCCUGCUACACAAAUGAACUUCAAUCCAAUUACAACGCGCGUAGUUUGAAUGAACGAAAGCACAAUGACAAAUCCCCAACUUCAGAUCCAAUAGAACAUGGCUCAUACAUUUCAACACAUAUUCCACUCUAUGAAUGAAAUUUGAACUGUUUUUUUGUUUUUGUGAAUUCAUCUAGAGAAAAUUUGGCAACGUUAGAAAAAUAUGAGCAUUUACCAGCAUCUGAACAAAACGGUACUUUACAAGUUGAACUAUGCCACGAAGGAAAGUAUGCGUGAAUAUAUCGCGGAAUUAAAUACACUUUAAAUUGUGAAGUGCCGAAAAUUCCGACAAAUGUCAAAAUCUUGUUUGUAAAGGUCUAUGACUUGUCUAAAGGAACAAUGCAUUACAUCGAAAUGAGUCAUAAACAAACACGCCAAGACAACAGAAUCAGGGAGAGUGCCAUAAAAUGUAAUUCAACUACAUAAAGCUUAAGUACAAGUGACCUAUAAAAUAAAUACAUUUAUGGAUGCUGGUGUGUGAUUUAUUGGGGACGCGGGACAUGGAUAAUAAAUACUUUAUUGCCAGUUCCCUCUUCCCUCGGGCAUCAGGGGGGGAUAACGCGGGACUGGGGUGGAGAAAGUGGAGGAUUUCCCUUGUAAAACAAAAUUAUGAGGCAGAGGGAGGACGGCCUCCUCCGCUACACUUUCUCCACUAGUGAUGUAAGGAGAGCGAGAGAGCGAGAGAGAGGGAGAGAGAGAGAGAGAGAGAGAGAGAGAGAGAGAGAGAGAGAGAGAGACCCUAAAUUGACCGUGGAGGGAAGCAGCCCUCUGUCAAGUGCUUUCAGACGUCCACCACAACCAAGAGAAGACACAUGGAUGGGGCUUUAUUGGACUAAUACUUGUGCCACCUCCCAUUAAUGAUCGUUGAGAUCUGCACGGACACUUGGUCUCCUCUUGCAUUUGGAAAAAAAACAGUUUGAUGACUCCGAUUCACUUUGCAGCACCGUUUGGACCUUGGACACACUGCAUCACAAUGGCCAGGUAAAAGGUGCAACUUUGUGCCUGAAUUAAAACAGUCAAUUUGGAAACCACAGAAUGGCAUUGUCAUUCAAUUAGGUUUGGAUUAUUUCUCGCGGUAGACUGACACCUAAAACGAAGUAAGGAAUCUGUUUGAAAACGAAAAAUCGAACGCCUAGGAUUAAGAGACGCGUUUCCCCGGGAAAGUGGCAAUGAAUGGAAAAGGGGGUAAAGUGAUGCGCUGGGACGGAGAUCAUGACGAGAAGUCAUACUAAUGAGACUCCGUUGUGUUGUGUACGUUUGUAAGUGACCAAAUUACCCAGACUCCGGAAAGACAUCGUCUGCAGUCAAUGAUAAUUCGUUUUCCCAACAAAUGAAAUCUUGAAUUUUCGUCGCUGUCCCCUUUUGACUUGGUGCAAAUGAAGUACUGAUCCUUGAUGACGUACUAAGUUCCAACAAGAUGUUGUCGGUCACUCUCCUCGCGCUCGUCUUCGUCCUGACUCCCGACGCCGGGCUUUUGAGCUCCAAUCCACUGAGCCGGUACAAACGCGCCUUGGCCCGGCGCGCAGACAACGAGCUCUCCCGCCUCGCCGGUGAGCCUUGCGCUGUCUCCGGAUCCGGGAGACCCCUGCAGCGGCAGCAGCAGCAGCAGGAGCCGCAGCAGCAGCGGCAGCAGCAGCAGCAGCAGCUGCUGCAGCAGCAAGCCUUCUCCCCGACUCAACACCGCCGUUCAGUGGCCAGCCCGAGGACGAACCGGCGAGAGCUCCCUGCUGCCACGAGCGCUCCUGUUGGUUGCGAAGGAGGGUGCAGAGUCGUCGCCCCGGUCGAUCGAGGAACUCCGGGUGCUUCGCCACGUGCGGGAAAGGAGCGAACGUCACAUACGUCGCAGGGAGAUGCUCACGAGGAUGGAGGCACACGGCCUUGGACUGACAGGCAGAGUCGACCAUCGCGCGCCUCCAGGUUCGAACGAGGUGCCCCAAACGAGGGAAACUCGAGCUCCCCCGGAAGCUCCGAUUCUACCCGGCUCCAAAUUCCUCAGAAAAUGCAACAAGACGAGGGCGAAAGAGCUUCAACUAGUAGCCCGGUCGACGGCAACUGGGACUCGACCGCAGAUGUUGAUCCUACCGCACGCCGGUCUGUCGGCAACGCGUCUCAGUGGGGGAAACCCGUGCCAAAGGUGCCCCCCUCUUGGAUGACCAGCCUGUACUUCAGCGGGCGCCAGGAGCAGCUGAGACUGAAGCCGUCUGCUGGGGUAGAGCUGCCCAGGGACAAAUUCAGCUUGGAGCUAUGGGUGAAUCCGGAAGGUGGGCAGAGCAGCCCUGCAGUCAUUGCAGGUGUAUACGACAACUGUUCCCGUUCACAGAGCGAGAAGGGCUGGUCAGUAGGCAUUCGCAGUCUGGAUCCCGCAGGUACCAAGGACGCACGUUUCUACUUCACGCUUCGCACAGACCGAGCCUUGAAAGCUACCACUGUCGUUACCCACCAGCAGUACUCGGCCAACACCUGGGCUCACCUGGUUGCCACUUACAAUAGCCACAACAUGACCCUGUACGUUGAUGGAGCCAAGGUGGGAGAAAGCAGUUUCCAGUCAGGCAAUCUCUACAGUUCCUUCAUGAAGACCUGCAGAACCUUCAUCCUGGGCAGUAACCAAUCAGAGCAGGGCCAGGGCUUCCGAGGCCAAGUCGCGGGUGUGCACUUGUGGGACUACGCCCUCUCCCAUGAGGACCUGCAGAUGCGACCCCUCCUCAAGACGCAGCCUCUUCUGGCCAUGUGGGCUGACUUUACAAAUGUGGAUCAGAUGUGGACUCCGUUCAAAGAUGGAUUCCAUCCAGCUGUCAUCGCCACUCCUCUCCCCGCUUUGCAGCUGGUCUCCCCCUUCUUGCCGCCACCCUGCGGUCUCACACCUUGUGACAACACCGACAUCAUUUCCGGCUACAACAAUUACUGGCCGCUCCGUACACCCAAACAAGUCCGCUACAGGAUUAUUAACCUUUCCGAUGACGACGGCGGGAACGCCACGGUGUCACAAGACCAGAUUCGCCUGCAACACCGGGCUCUGAUUGAUGCCUUUCGCCCUUACAACAUCACCCUCGAGUUGACGGUGGACCCGGUCAGAAACACGAGCCUGCGGCAGCGUUUCGUUCUCAGCAACUGUCGCAUCGGGAAAAUUGGGAACCGCCAUUGCGAUCCGGAGUGCGACCACCCGAGGACAGGCCACGACGGAGGGGACUGCCUCAGACUCGGACCUUGCUACAACUGGAAGAGACAGAACGGAGUUUGUAACACGGAAUGUAACAGCGUACACUACGACUACGAUGACGGCGACUGCUGUGACCCGCAAGUGACGGAUGUUCUCAAGACCUGUUUCGAUCCGGAGUCACCUGACAGGGCCUACAUGAGUGUGAAAGAGCUUAAAGAGGAGCUUCACCUCAGCGGCACCGAUACCCUGAAUGUUUUCUUUGCCAGCAACUCUGCACGAGAGGAGCUGGCAGGAGCUGCAACUUGGCCAUGGGCAAAGGAAGCGCUCACCCAUCAAGGUGGAAUGGUGCUGAACCCAUCCUACUUCGGCACCAGCGGACACCACAACACCAUGAUCCAUGAACUGGGCCAUAUAUUUGGACUGUACCACGUCUUCAAGGGAGUGAGCGAACGAGACUCCUGUGAUGACCCAUGUCAGGAAACCACGCCAUCCAUGGAAACCGGAGAUCUCUGCGCUGACACUGCGCCGACACCCAAAUCCAAAGCCUGCCACGAUCCCGGAGCUGUUAACGAUACAUGUGGCGUCAGCAUGUACCAGGACACCCCUUAUAGCAAUUACAUGAGUUACACAGAUGACAACUGCACCGAUCAUUUUACGCCCAACCAAGUCGCCAGGAUGCAUUGUUACCUUGACUUGGUCUAUCCAAACUGGUUGUUGGAACGUCUCCCAGUUACCGUCCCCCUGCCAGCAAUGGUGACUGACCAGAGUCCGGAUUCGGUCUCGAUUUAUUGGCUUGCACCAUUAACAGGGCCACUCUGUGCAAGCUCCUCCUCCCACGUGGCUGCGGUCAACUGCAGGGAAUGUGAGAAAGACGGCGUUCUCCACCAAUACGCCUAUGAGGCGGCCUCACCUCGCAAAUGUGACACGUCGGGCUACUGGGCACCCGAUGAGGCUAUUGGCCCGCCCGAUGUGGAGCAGCCGUGUGAGCCGAGCCUCCAAGCGUGGAGUCCUGACCUCAGCCUUUACGAUACGAACGUGACAUCGCCUUGCCCCGAAACAGAGGGCUGCACCCUUACACUGAAAUUUCGCUACCCCAUUGUCCCAAACACUCUCACCCUGUGGAUAACAUACGUCUCCACAAAUAAUCCUGCUAUCGCUGACAUACAGCUGAUAACAGACUCAGGUAAAACUAUCCACCUUGGACCACAGCACGUCUUCUGUGACAUGCUCUUCACCCUGCGCCUCGAUACCAACAAUGUUGCCAUCAGUGCCGUAAAGCUCUGCACCUUUGAUGAGAAGAUGGAGAUCGAUGCGGCAAUGUUGUCUUCCGGCCCCGGCAGUCAUCUCUGCUCUGGCUGUCAACCUUUUCUGUAUCGGGUUCACCGGCGGCCGCCCUUCACCGGCAAAUUGCCGCCCCCUCAGGCCCAGCAGACGUUCACGGACAGAACUGUAAGAAGGGGGGAAAGAUACGAGUACAUGAUUCAGGUGGAGAUUGACGGUCUUCUCAGCAAUUCUUCCCCAUCCCUUUUUUACACUCACGGGCAGCCCUACUGCGGAGACGGCGUCAUUCAAGGGGCAGAAGAAUGCGACGAUGGUAAUCUGUUAGAUGGCGACGGCUGCUCGAAGAAGUGCCACAAGGAGAAGGGCUUCAACUGCAUCGGCAAACCCAGCCAAUGUUACGUUUUUGAUGGGGACGGCGUGUGCGAAGAGUUUGAACGCGUUUCCAGCAUUCAGGACUGUGGUUAUUUCACACCCUUGGGUUACACCGACCAGUGGGCAUCGACGGCUACGGCUUCUCAUCAGGAACCCGAUCGCUGUCCCGCACACGCCGCCACCGGUGAACCGUCAUAUAAAAAACUGUGUAGGUACCAGUACAUGGAUGUGAGUGAAAAACUGCCUAGUGAUGCAUGGUUCCCUUGCACAGCUCAUUCUGACACAAGUAAUGACCUCCAACAUCCAUUUUGGCUGAAGGUGGGAUUUGUCCAUUCCGGAGUGGCAUCUUCUGUCAUUGUGUAUCUGGCUUCAGACGGGUCAUGGAGCGGGGAACACUGUCAGAGGUCGGCUACGAUCCUCCUCUCUGACACUAUGGGAAAGAAUCAUUCAUUAGGCACCCAUAGCCUCUCAUGCCAUCGGAACCCAUUGGUGGUGAACGUGACCCAUGACCUCUCUCAGCCUUUCUUCCUCACCUCAUCCGUUAUCCUCCUCUUCUCCUCCUCGUCCGUGGCAAUCGGGGGCGUCGCCCUGAGGACGUCCUGCCACUUCAGCACCUUCGCCGUGACCGGGUGUUUAAGGCAGACAUGUCAAAUGGACAGCUGCAACCCACCCCAAAUAGAGCGCGCCUCUGUCAGGUGUGUAGGAGGGGGGCAGUCGUCUCACUGCACUGUCCAGUGCCACUUGGGUUUCAGCGUCACUGUCCUUCACGGAAGGGUCAUUCCUCCGCACCAGAGACAGACGGAGAUGGAAUGUUUUCAUGGUUUAUGGAAUCGCGCAGUUAGCUGCCAGCCCGUCGACUGUGGCCCGCCCGAUCAGGCUCACGUCUACCACGCCAUCUUCAGUUGUCCCAGGGGAACAACCUACGGAAAGCAAUGCUCCUUUACUUGUGGCUCCCCGGCCAUACUUCAAGGUGACAAUGACCGCUUAGUAUGUUUGGAGGACGGGCUGUGGUCUUUUCCGGAGGCAUACUGUAAGAUCGAGUGCCCGGAGGUUCCAAAAGUCCCCAACGCCGAGCUGCUCACGGCAGAGUGCCUGUCCUCAAGCCACGACGUCGGCUCCACCUGCCGUUUCAAAUGCAACCCGGGCUUCUACGUACUGGGGAGUCUCAAAAAUAAGACACUGAGGAAAUACUUCAAGUCCGAGUGCCUUGAGGAAGGGCAGUGGGAGGAGGCCUCAUGUGAGCCCAUAGCGUGCCCGGCCUUCCCCGAUGUUUUCCAGGGCAUGUAUCGAUGCACCAAUGGCCUCUUCUAUGACACUGUCUGCACCCUGCGGUGUCCAGAUGCAAGUGAAAAUAGUGCGAUUCGCUGCACGAAAGACGGCGAAUGGACAGCCCAAUUUACCAUGUGCUCCGGGCUACAGGGGUCCUGUUCUCCUCCCACAGAUCAAAACUCUGUAGCGUAUAGCUGUGAUGGGGGCAUGGAUAUUGGGGCCGUUUGUCAUCCGACAUGCGUCUUGACCCCGGACAUGGAUCUUCGUGACCCGGUGGUUCUGCCCAAUGGCUCCACAGUUGAUUCUUUACAACACUGGAUGCUUCCCAUUAAACUUCAGACCAUUGUCUGCACAGGGAUGAUGAAGUGGUACCCGCCUCUUGAAAACAUUCAUUGCAUUCAGUCAUGUGAGCCUUUUGGUGGGGACGGCUGGUGCGACACCCUCAACAAUCGGGCCUACUGCCAGUACGACGGAGGAGAUUGCUGUCCUUCCACGCUGUCCUCCAGAAAGGUCAUUCAGUUUGGGGCAGACUGCAAUCAGGACGAGUGCACUUGCCGCGAUCCCGAUGCCAAGGAGAACAAGAGCAAAGCCAAGGACCCGAAGGGCGGAGGACGACUCCCCUAAGACGGAUGAGCGGCGAGCAAGUCGAGCGGCGUCGCAUAAGUCAAGCUGUAGAUAAUAUAGACGGCAAGCAAAAAAUCAUACCUUAGCACGCACACCUGCGAUGAAGGCGAAAGGCUCAAUCCGAGCCAUUCGGCGCCAUUGCCGAUAAGCGCGUUGGUUAAUAAAAGGAAGAGGGAACACACCCAUAGAUUGCAUUUCCAUGUGUCACGACUGUAAUGGCUUGCCGCUUCCCUUACGUAUCAGCCAACAAUCAAAACUCAUCAGAAUGGUUUUAGCUUCCCCUCUGGGACUUUUUCUUCACCUUCUGCCGAUGUGUUUUGGACGCUCAAAAGACACCGUCGACCGCAACAGUCAUAUUUUAUUUGACGUUUCCGCAAAGAUAAUUAUUUUCACAGGCUUCUGUUAUUGUACCAUUGUGAGGGUCAAGUCGCGUGUCAAGCAAACGUGGAUGACGAUACAAACGCGGCUGGGUCAAAAUGGCCGCUCUGAGAUAUUUGGGGUUUUCUUGGAGACGAUUGCAGGUGGAAAAAUGAACGGUAGCGUUGAAUAGAAGGUAUUGGAGCACAACAACCACCCACCGUUGUAUUAUCGCAAGAAACAUACCGGUUCAGAAAAAGGAAAUAAUGUCUCUAAAUAUUUUAUCCAACCUUGAGGGACAAGUGUAACCAUGUUCAGUAUUUUACCGUACUUUAUACUCUGUGUGGAAUAAAUAGAAACUCUAUUUAUCUUU